AUGGGUGAUGCCGCCGGCACAAGUUCAGUAAAGAAUAAGAUGAAAGGAAAGAUGCAAGACGAAGAGGAAGAAGAAUCUGAGGAAGAGGUUUUGGAGAGUGAAGAUGACGACGAGACCAUAGCAAGGAUACAACGAGCUCAUUUUGCACAGGCUGCUGCUAUGAACUCUCGGAAGCGAGCUGCUUCGAAGCCCAGAGCGAUGAGCCACAAGAGGAAGUUAGAAGCCGUGAAAAGUUUUCACGAUUUCACCAAGAAACUCAAAAAGGACACAGAGGAAGAAUUUGUGGUUAACCCAAACGCUGUGCAAGAACUUAAUGAAGAGAAUGAGAGUUACAUUGAUCCUGAGACUGGUGAUAUAAUGGAGGCAAAACGGGACAUACAAAUGAACUGUCAACCUUCAAUAGACAGUCCUGUUCCCUCUAGUAGCCCUCCUGAGCCUGAAAUCAAAGAGGAACAGGAAGACGAACCUAAAACACUUUCAAUCAGUGAUAUUAUUGAUGAGGGGGAUUUAGACAGUAAGAAUGUAGAAAUUGCUGAAGUUGAAGAGAGUGAGUUAUGUCCAGAGAAACCUGAAGAAUUGUUAGAUAUUAAACAAGAGGAGAAUAGUCAAGAUUUUGAUAUUACUGAGAAGUUGAAGGAGAUGGGUGAAAUCAGUGUAAAACCAAUUAACAAGAAGGAAGAUGAUACAGGAGAACUGUCAGAUGAUGGUGAUAAAAAACCUGAAGGGGAAGAUGAGAAAAAAACAAUUAACCCAAAUGCAGUCAAUGUCCGUCGGAAUAUCAGAGAAGUGAUGGAUGAAAAGAAUCUAGAUGCGUCUACUCUUGCUGCCCAACGACAAGAGUCAGAGAGAUUGGCAAGAGUACAGGAGCAACAGAGAAUCAUCAGAGAAGUCCAAAGACAAAUAGCAUUGAACCGACAAAACAAAAUUCAUCAGAAAACUUUAUCAUUAUUACAAGGUGGAUCAUCUAUUUUGAAAAAAUCUCUACCUGGACAAAAAUUAAAUUUACCAAACACAGUCCUAGUGAAAGUGCCAUCAGGCGAAGCAAAAAAGUCUAUAAUAAAAGCAGGUCAUGUGGAGGUGACUAAGUUGCCAAAAGCUACAACUUCUGGAUCACAAAAACCAGGAAAAUCUGAUCAUAGAGCUGAUAGAAAAGAGGUUGUAGAAAUAGUUGAUAGCAGCAGUGGAGAAGAGUCUUCGUCUUCGUCAUCUGAUUCUGAUGAUUGCAUAAUGCUGUCAGAUUCGGAAGUGCCGCCUAGUCCUGAAGCUGAAGAAGAUCCUGCUAAUUCAGGCCUACAUGUGAAUGAUGCUUACAACAUCCCAGAUGAACAAGGGCGCGUUUUAAUCAACAUUGGUCAUCCUGAAAAUGAGGAGGAUAUAUUCUUAGCACCACAAAUAGCAAGGGUUAUAAAACCUCAUCAGAUUGGUGGUGUCAGAUUCUUAUUUGAUAAUAUUAUAGAAUCGGUUGAACGAUUUUCCACAUCAACUGGAUUUGGCUGUAUAUUGGCACAUUCAAUGGGCCUUGGUAAAACAUUGCAAAUUGUGUGCUUCUGUGAUAUUUUUCUGCGGCAUACUUCCUCUAAGACUGUGCUAUGCAUUAUGCCUAUAAACACGCUACAGAAUUGGGUGGCAGAGUUCAACAUGUGGUUGCCUCUGGAUGCAAGUACCAGUCCUCUGUCGGCGCAUGGUGAAGUCAGAGCCCGACAUUUCCCAAUCUACGUACUCAAUGACAGCCAUAAGACAUUACAAAUGCGAGCGAAAGUUGUAAAGGAUUGGACAACGACUGGUGGUGUUUUAAUGAUAGGGUAUGAACUCUACAGACUUCUCAGUAUGAAAAAAGAUAAAAAACCUCGUAAGAAAAAGAAAGCUGAACUCAAAGCUGAAGCUGAAAAAGAGAAAGAGGAGAAAAAGUCUGAACUUGCAAGUGAAGAUACCCAGGUUUCUGAAGAGUCAAAGUUCGACAGAGAUGAUGGAGACUUAUCAAGGUUUGAUGAAAACAAAGAGGAUUUGAAAAGAGAAGAAAAGAAAGAAGACUUACCUAUUGACGAAGAUAAGAAGCUGCUAGAUGAAAUGUAUGAAGCACUAGUGAAACCUGGCCCUGAUCUGGUUAUAUGCGACGAAGGACAUAGAAUAAAGAAUUCUCAUUCUAAUAUUUCAUAUGCAUUGAAACAGAUGCGUACCAAACGUAGAAUUGUAUUAACCGGUUACCCUUUGCAAAACAACUUGUUAGAAUACUGGUGCAUGGUCGACUUUGUGCGGCCAAAUUAUCUCGGCAGUAAAACGGAGUUCUGCAAUAUGUUCGAGCGGCCCAUUCAGAACGGCCAGUGCAUAGACUCCACUCCACAAGAUAUAAGGCUAAUGCGAUACAGAGCUCAUGUACUGCAUUCGCUUCUUGUGGGUUUUGUACAACGGCGAUCACAUGCCGUCUUGCAGUCGACACUACCUCAAAAAGAAGAAUAUGUGCUCCUCAUACGUAUGACUCCAUUACAAAGAAAACUGUAUGAUAGGUUUAUGAAUGAAGUUGUCCGCUCCACCUCAGUGCCAAAUCCUUUGAAAGCUUUCGCAAUUUGCUGUAAGAUAUGGAAUCACCCUGAUGUACUAUACAACUUCCUUAGAAAGAGAAGUGAAAUAAAUGCAGCUAUUGAAGAGGAUCUAGAUUUAGAGGAGAUCGGUGGCAUCACCAAGAAGGGCCGAGCGCGGAGAAGCACAGCGCCACCCCGGCGCGCCGCUGCACAGCGGGGUUCAUCUAAGAAGCCUGCUGCCACUAUACCACCUAAUACAACAACCGGUACCGUGGUGCCUCGUUCAGAUUCUGGAAUAUAUGGUAACGCUCCAUAUCCACCGAACAAUGGUCCACCGUAUGGAGGACCGCCAAACUCAUUUAGACCUGAGCAGUCAGGGCCGUAUCCACCAUAUCACAACUACCAGAACCCUGGUCCGGGCUACUAUCCUCCGAAUCAAGGAUACAAUCAAAACUAUGAUAGUAACUAUUAUCAACAGCCGCCUCCUUAUGGAAACAACUAUCCAAAUCAGUAUGGACAAAGUAUACCAGAAAGUGGACAGGGCUUUAACCAAAAUUAUUGGGGAAAUGGAAACCCUGGCUAUUAUGGUAACCCCGGAUACUACAAUAAUUCCCAAUAUCAAAGUAAUCAGCCACCCCAAGAUUUUCGAGCCAAUCCUCCCCCAGAAUACAAUAAUCCCCAACAUUACCCGCCAAAUUAUAAUCCACCUUCGAACGAACAACCUUAUCCAGGCAACGCGGUACAACCUUAUACAAAUAACCAAGAAGGUUUUGAUAGCCAACAGAGACCUCCAUACCAAGGCUAUAACAACCAACCAGGAUUCUCAGAGUAUAAUGCCAAUGUGCCACAGACUGGUUUUCCUAACAAUCCUCCCUCUCAGGGCUAUCCUAACCAGCCUUAUCCCACGCCAUAUAGUACAAAUACCUCAUCUUAUGGCAAUAAUUCGACUCCAUACAACCAUUUCGAAAAUCAAAAUCAACCGCCUAACUAUCCAGGCUACUCUAACAAUAUGCCUCCUACCCAAACUUCUGAUUCUAACGUGCCAAACCAACCUACUAUUAAAAACGAGUCUAAUACAGCUGUUAACUAUACGAAUGAAGUGAAAUCCGAGCCAAAUGUAUCGCAACCGACACAGAACACGUCAUCGGUGCCUUAUGGUUUUUCUUCAAAUAACUCCGUACCAUCGUAUCCCGAACCGUCUGAAAAUAACUCUAAUGGAAAUUAUCCAUGUACAUACCAACAUUUCCCACCUCACCUGGAAACAAAAUCACCCUUGGGGAGUGCUGGUUCAGGUAGCCCAGUGACUGCGUGGCCUAUAACAGAAAUUAAGACUGAAAUCGACAAAUUAAAAGCUGAAGAAAAAAUUGAAAUGAAAUCAGAAUCAGAUGGUGAGGUGAAAAUAGAAGAUUUGGACACAAAGAAAAUAGUGAAAGAUGAAACAAAAAAACCACCGAAAGUGGAACCUCUGGCAGUAAGAGAUCAGAAAACUGAUAAGAUAAAAGAGAAAGGAGAAGCAGCUGAAAGUGAUGGGUCGGAAUCGGAAGAACAACAACAGAAGAAAGGAAAAAGAGGUAGACCCAAUAAUAGCAAAAAAGGAGACAAAGCUAAGGCUAAGCCAAAACCUAGAGCAAAGGGAAGAAACGACAGAAAAACUUCAAAAGAAAAAAAUAAUGAUGAUUCAGAAUCUGAGGAAAGUGAAAAAGAAGAGAAAAUCAGUAGAGAAGAAGAAUUGGCCAUUGUAAAAAAAGCAGAAGAAAUGACUUACGAUUGGGCUGCUGAGUUACUAAAAGAUUACAUUCCUGGGCUCAUUGAAAAUUCUGCAAAAAUGGAACUUUUCUUCUACAUAUUGACUGAAAGUAUUAAGAUGGGAGAUAGAUUACUAUUGUUUAGUCAAAGUUUAUUUACACUGAAUCUCAUUGAAGACUUCUUAGAAAAAAAUUACAUUCCCGGAACAAAUUGUCUCUGGGAAAGAAAUACAAAUUAUUACCGUCUGGACGGUUCAACUCAUGCCCUAGAACGAGAGAAAUUAAUUAACGAAUUUAAUACAAACCCGCACAUUUAUCUGUUCCUUGUCUCUACUCGAGCGGGAUCCCUCGGAAUCAAUUUAGUCGGAGCCAACAGAGUGAUUGUGUUUGACGCCAGUUGGAACCCUUGUCAUGACACCCAAGCUGUUUGUCGUGUCUACAGAUACGGACAAAAGAAGCCCUGUUUCGUAUAUCGCUUCGUAAUGGAUUGUUGUCUCGAAAAGAAGAUAUAUGAUCGUCAGAUCAACAAACAGGGUAUGGCAGACCGUGUUGUCGAUGAAUGUAACCCAGACGCUGUGCUAUCGAUGAAGGAGAUAACAAACCUCUGCUUCGAUAACGAUGAAAAGGAAACUGAAAUUAAAGACCUUUCUGAACACAAAGACAAAUACAUUGACAUCCUUAUGCAAGGUGUAAUAAUGUACCACACUAAACUUCUGAGCAAGGAGCCAUUCCAACACGAGUCGUUAUUAGUCGAUAGGAAGGAAAAGAAGUUGUCCAGCGCUGAAAAGAGACUUGCGCAGAGAGGGUACGAACUUGAGAAGAAAGCGGCCCUGGCUCCAAAACCAACGACCGCAUACAGAACAGUGCGAACGGCAGACGGUAGUCUUGUACAGAGACCGGUGGCGUCUGUGAGACCGAUGCAACAUGGCGCGAGGUGGAUACCGGCGGACGUGUGGCGGCGACAAGGGAUGACGGCUCAGGAAAUGACUCUACCGCUCGACGUUGUAAUACCUACAAAUUCAGCUGAGAAGACCAACAUAGUUUUGAAAGCAGGCCAGCGGGUUAUGGUAUUGAAAUCACCCAAAGGAAUAUAUAUGCAGCUAGAAUCUGGCAAAAUAAUAGCAAUUAAGACGUCGUUUAAAGGGUUAGGACAGAAAGGCGAGAACAAAGACAACAGUCCAAUUGGAAAAAAAGUUUUAGGUAGUCGGCCUACACCAUCGAACAUACCAGGAUCUCUGAAGAAUAAUUCUGCUAUCACAAUCACAUCAAAAACAGGGCCUCGACCUGGUUUUCAUAGAGUGAUCAGGCCUUCCAUGAUGGGCCCAAAUAAAAUGGGGAGACCAAUGUUGCCAGGACAAAAAAUAGCUGACAUUAGAAAUCGACUUGGUGAACUCAGAUCGUACUCGGCCAUGCGUGCUAAAUCUCCAAUGCAAGCUCGAUUAUUACGACCCACCUUACCUGGUUCUGUUAGCAUAACAAAAAUCCCGAAAGACGUCAAGAAGCCUGAAGCUGAAAGCAGUGAUAAUAAUGUUUCUGGUAGAGUGGAAGUAACCUCGGAUGAAGAUACUCAUGUUUUAGACAGUGAUGAGGAUGAGGGUAGUAAUAAGCAACUAGACACGAAACCCGCAUCUAGUAGUCAAAACAAUCAGGAAAAACUCACAGCUGAUUCUUCGGAAAGUAUGAAAUUCCGGGAAACAAACAGUAUGAAGACUGAAAGAGAGUCUCAGCCUGAACCCGAAUCACUCGUCUUAACGACAGAUGAAAAACUGCCAUCAGAGGCGGUUUUCGAAAACAAACAUAGUAUAGAAGAAAAUCAGUCUGAGAGAUUUAAACAAUCAAUAGCACCCAAAAUAGAAAUUGCAGACAUCGCGCGCAAUGCCGAAGCGGUAGAAAGAAAAAUUAAUCCUUUGAAAAACUAUAGACAUCAACGUCCAAGCGGCCGGCCAUCUCUCGAAUCGAGCUUGAGUCAGUUGGAAAGAACGGCAAGUGUUUUGAACAAGGAAGGAAUGCCUGACUUCCGUAAAAAUUUAGACGAUAUUACACAAUCAUAUUCGCCCACUGGUGAGGAAAAACCAGGAGUGAAAUCUAAAAAGAAAAGAUCGCCAACAAAACAGGACGGUGCACCUGAAUCUCAGUCUCAGUCACCAGCCGGUUCCAGUAUGUCGCAUAGCGUAUCGAGCCUCUUAGGGCCUACAACCGCAACUCCACGUCAACGAAAGUUGGAAACAAGUCCAUCAAAUGCAACACCUAUAGCGCCAAUCGAGGCUUGUAAUACCCAGUCGAGGUUAAUAAGCAGACCGUCCCAUGAGCCUACAGUUGGUCAUUCGCCUUUGAUGCAAUCACACCCAAAUCAUUUAGCAAAAUCCUCACCGGCGGCGAUUAGUAUGGCACAUCCUGCUAUGAUGAGUGGAGGCACGGCUGCACCUUCAGCCGAUCUUUCUAAAUCGCAGACACCGAGCCCUCUUCCAACACCAAGCAACCACAUGUUCCCCAGCGGACACCCGUCACCAGAAGGACAAUACGGACAAUAUCCAGGUUACGGAAUGGGUUACGGUGGGUACCCUAAUCCAGCAUAUUAUGGAUACGGGGGUGCUGGCGCCUACUACCCCCCAUACGGGCCCGCGGGCCCGGCGGGGGUGGCCGGGGUGGCGGGCGUGUCUAGCCCCGCGCCACCGUUCGCUGGAGCUCCCUCUGCGCCGCACUAUGCGCCGGAGGGCUACUUGCCGCCUAACCCACAGUGGUAA